AAAAGUUUAACCUAGACAUACGGCAAGCAUGUCGAGGCGUUCAGCCACCAUUUCAUCCUACAGGAAGCGGUUCGCCGAUGACAAGAACGUGAUCAGGUCUACAGCCCAUUCGCCCCGUCGGUUCUCCAGCCCGAUGCGCUCCCACGUGUUUUUUGGCGUGUCCUCGGGUCCAACGAUCAAAAGCUCCAGGGCGAUGCCGCGCCUGGCCUGCGAGGACCGGAAUUUCUCUCUUUCCGACGCUAUAAACACGGAGUUAGAGACGAAUAGCGGCGAAAAGGCCCAGAUGCAGUCUCUGAACGACCGUUUCGCCAGCUACAUGGAAAAUGUGAGUUCCCUAGAGCAGCAGAACGAGAUCCUGAGCGCAGAGCUCGAACAGCUGCGGGGUAACCGGACGUCCCGCAUCGGAGACCUCUACCAGGAGGAGAUGCGUCAGCUGCGGAAAAAUCUGAAUCGACUAAGCGCUGAUAAGGCACGAGUGGAAGUGAACCGCGACAAUCUGAUAGAGGAUAAUAACAGAAUCAAAGAGAAGCUGCAAGAAGAGGUUCUCCAGAGAGAAGUGGUUGAGAACAGUCUGCAGAGCUUCCGACAGGAUGUGGACAAUGCCACUCUGGCCCGUUUGGACCUCGAAAGGAAGGUGCAGUCCCUUCAGGAGGAGAUCGUCUUCCUAAAGAAGCUCCAUGAUGAGGAGAUGGCAGAACUGCUGGCUCAGUUCCAGCAGGUGCAGAUGGACAUGGAUGUGGCCAAGCCUGAUCUGACCGCUGCCCUGCGGGACGUUCGGCUGCGGUACGAAGAUCUGGCCACCAAGAACCUCCAGGAGUCAGAGGAAUGGAACAAGUCCAAGAUUGCCGAUCUGACCGAGGCUGCCAACAAGAAUAAUGAAGUGUUGCAGGCGGCCAAGCAAGAGGCCGAGGACUGCCGCCAGCAGGUGCAGGCUCUUACCUGCGACGUGGACGCCCUCAAGGGGACGAACGAGUCCCUAGAGCAGCAGAUGAGAGAGAUGGAGGAGAACUUUGCCAUGGAGUCUUCUGGUUACCAGGACACUAUCAGCCGCCUGGAGGAAGACAUCCACAACACGAAGGAUGAGAUGGCUCGCCAUCUGCACGAGCACCAGGACCUGCUGAACAUCAAGUUGGCCCUGGACAUUGAAAUCGCCACCUACAGGAAGCUGUUGGAAGGGGAGGAGAGCCGAAACUCGACGCCACUGACAAACUUCUCAGCCCUUAACCUGAGAGAAAACACGCUGGAAUCUAGACCCAUGGUCAAAAACACAGAAACCAAGGAGGUGCUCAUCAAGACCAAAGAUUGCCAGGAAAUUAAUCACUCUAUCCAAAACAACAAAGAUCUGGAGUGAUCAUUGUCUCCGGUGCUGUUCUUCACACCGCGGUCAGGCCAGAUCACAUGAUACCCACCACCCUAACCACUCCGACCCCUCGAGAAACAUCAUUUACCAGCUUCCAGAGCCUUUUCCACUGAGAGAUGACUGAGUCCUUCCUUAGACACCUGCUUCAUCAUUACCAUAACUACCAUAACUGAAGACCUGCUUCUUUCACAUUGUGGGAACCCACGGAAUGACUACUUGCACUAGUGAAGAAUGUUGAGGAGUGAAGGACUGAUGUAUGCUUUCCCUGUGACCAUUCAUGAACGAGAGAGAGAGAGAGAGAGAGAGAGAGAGAGAGAGAGAGCGAGAGAGAGAAAUGUGAAUGUUGUCUUACCACAUUUAACACUGGACUGUUUGUUCAUUUUUCCUUAGAAAUCUAGUGAGGUAAAAACAUAUAAGUUACUAUUUUGGCUUUGU